AAUUAGUCUCUAUAUCGUCAUGUAAUUGCAAAGCUUCAAAUGCCACAGCAAAAAAUUAACUCGACCCCGUUACCGAAGACCUGCAAUCACACAAGUCCGACUCGGGUUGCACCGAGAAACAUGCAAUCGACAACGGAACAAAGUGGACCAAGUCAGCGCUCGGAACUCGUCGCUCGGUGGAGCGCGAUCCGUGGGCGGAACCACGCGCUCCUCCCCACGUCAAUCUGGCGAUUCCCAGAUCGUACCGCUCCUCGCCACCUUAUAAGGACGCCACCCCUCCACCCCCUCCUUCGCCGCAAGCAACGCAAUCAUCACUUCCAGUUCCAUCAGAACCAACCAGAGGUCGGCUUCCACCGUAGCAGCAAUGGCGAACACCAAGAUGGCGGUGGUUGCCCUCCUCCUCGUCGCCAUGCUGGUGGCGUCGUCCGCGCCGGCCGCGACCGCCCUCUGCUUCGACGACUGCUACAACCGCUGCGCCAACGGCCAGGUCGGCAGCGUGUCCUGCGCCAACAUGUGCACGCAGGCCUGCGUCGUCCCCACCACCCUCCCCGAUGGCACCGAUCUGGCCUCCUUGUACCCCGGCAGCGGCAACUGAUGGUGAUGAACUUGUUC